CAACUGGCCCUCCAUAGCGGAGGUACGAUUCACAGGAACGCCAAGGUGGGUACAAUGGACCUGGAACAUUGUGGAAAAGGGGUGAUGACUGCAGAUCUCGCUUCUACAAAAUAGAGAAAGACUUCACACUGCGUCUAUCGUCCCCAUAUUCCUCUGGGUAUGCAAAUGAUAGUUCCAGUACUAUUGUCACAAGAAGCCUAGAUCUCCAUUCUAGACAUCCAAAGAUGGAGUCACGGUUGGUCCAGAGCGGUUCUACAACACGGAAGGUGUCAAAAAACGGUUCUACAACACGGAAGGAGUCACAGUUGGUCCAGAGCGGUUCUAAAACACGGAUGGCGUCAAAAAGCGGUUCUACGAGAGCCAUGGUGUCACAAAGCGCUUCUACAACACGGAAGGUGUCACAGAGCGGUUCUACAACACGGAUGGAGUCACAGUUGGUCCAGAGCGGUUCUACAACACGGAUGGCGUCAAAAGCGGUUCUACAACAUGGAAGGUGUCACAGAGCGGUUCUACAACACGGAUGGAGUCACAAUUGGUCCAGAGCGGUUCUACAACACGGAUGGCGUCAAAAAGCGGUUCUACAACACGGAUGGUGUCACAAAGCGGUUCUGCAAUACGGAUGGAGUCACAGUUGGUCCAGAGUGGUUCUACAACACGGAUGGUGUUACAAAGCGCUUCUGCAACACGGAUGGAGUCACAGUUGGUCCAGAGCGGUUCUACAACACGGAUGGUGUCACAGUUGAACCAGAGCAGUUCUACAACACGGCACCAGCGCGAUUCUACAACAAAGACGAAGUCACGGGAGUCCCGUAUUCAGAAGCGCUGAUCUAAACCAUAGAACAGCACUUCGCUGUGGAGCUGGCUCCGUUCUACACAGCAGAAGCCAUGUGGAAGAAUAAUCUAAAUUGUAGAACAGCAAUUCAUAGCGGUUAUCCAUGCUUGACUAGGGAAAUAAUUCUAUUUCGGUUGAAUCGCUUCAAUUACAAAAGUUUUUCUGAUUUAAAUCAAUGAUUUUCUUUUUUUCUUGCGAA